AUGGCAAAUAUUCUACAUCGUUUAAAUUCAUCAGCAAGUGAUGCUAAUUUUAAAUUAUCUUGUGAUAUUGUACUUUCAAAACUUGUUCCAUUAGAAAAAUCAAUAAUUGAUUCCAUUCUUGCUAAUAAUAAUCCUGAAGAACCAGAAAUUAUUUUACCUGAUGGACGAGUAUUUAUUUGGUAUUUUGCUAUUGGUAGUAUGAUUAAUCCAGUAUCUCUUUAUCUUCGUGAUUUAACACCAAUCAUGUCUUAUCCUGCUAUAUGCAAGGAUCAUAAAAUUGUAUUUCGAGGUCCUAGUGGAAUGGCUAAUUGUGAAGCUUGCCCUGACGCGGAAUUUGAUGGAGUUGUUCAUCUACUUUCAAAGGAACAUAUGGCACGUUUAGAUGAUAUUGAAUUUGGCUAUCAUCGAAGUAAGAUAAAAUGUAUUGAUUAUCAAGGUCAAUAUCAUACAGUUUAUGUUUAUCAAAUGAAUAUUAAUAAUCAAUUACCUGGCAUUCCAUAUGAACGUUAUUUGGAUAUUAUAAUAAAAGGUUGUGAAUAUUUUAAAGUUCGAUCAGAAUACAUAAAUCGAUUGAAAGAUGAACAAGCAGUUGUACCUCGAAAACAACCAACGAGUUUUCAAUCAUUUAAAGAUUUUCCAUCUGAUGCUUAUUACUCUAUGGACGAAUUGAAAAAACAUAAUGGAGAUGAUCCUUCGCUUCCAUUAUGGAUUUGUGUAAAUGGAAAAAUUUUAGAAUAUGCUGGUUUACCACCAAAUGAUCAUCCUGAUUAUGAGUUUCAACGAAAUUUUUAUACAUUUUAUAAAAACAAACUUACUGGAUUUGAAGUCACCAAUAUAGCGGCUAAAGCAUUAUAUGAUCCAUUAUAUAAAAUACCUUUAAAUGAUGUAGAUUUAUGUGAUGAACAUCGAGCACAAAUUGAAGAUUUUUAUUACGACAUGUUCAGUAGCCCACAUAAUAAAACUUAUUGGAAACCAAUUGGACGUCUUCGUCAGCCAAAUAAUUCAUCAUAA